AUGGUGAGCCGCGAUUGGAACGCGCUGGCCAUGCACUACCUCGCGCAGGCCAGGUCGCUUGAGUUGACGACGGUGGCGCGGGUGGUGCGAGAGGUCGUGGAGCGCCUCCUGCCCAGCAUACCCAACCUCCGGUCCCUCAACGUGGGCAAGUGCUACAAGCUCACCAGCGCCGACGUCGGUGCCAUCCUCAAGUCCUGCCCGCAGCUGCAGGCGCUACAUUUCGAGGGGUGCCGAAUCGCAGACGCCGCCCUGCGCGCGAUCAUCGCAGCCAACCCCCCGUUGCGCGCUCUCAAUUUGCGGGACUGUAAGAUGGUGACCGACAGCGGAAUGAAGGACCUCUUCGCACACUUUGCCCAAUUGCAGUACCUCAAUGUGAGUGGUUGCAAGAUCCAGCGGCUGGGCAUCGGCGAGGCGGAGUCGCAGGACAGCCUGCGUCUGUUGGACAUCAGCCGCACCACCAUCCGCGGCGAGGCGCUCACAGACAUCGCCAAGCGCUUUCCCCGCCUGUUUCACCUCAAUCUCGAGGAGUGCUCGCAAGUAAACGAGGCGUGGCUCAAGACUUGCUUCUCGUCGCCGUGCCCUGCGCUCACCUCGCUCAAUCUCUCGUGGAAUUCGAGCGUGACCGACGAUUGCCUGGAGAGCGUGACCAAGCUGGUGGCGACGCACUGCCCCCGGCUGGAGAACCUGCAGCUGGAGCAGUGCUACAAGAUCACCGAUCACUGCCUCACCCUGCUCGCCGACUCCUGCCCCUCGCUGCGCUUCUUGAAGAUUCGAGGCUGCAACAAGAUCACGGCGGAGGGGCUGGCGGCGUUCGCGUCCCUGCUGCCUGGCUGUCGGGUGCUUCAGGAGAAGGGCCAGCGGAAGGACUACCGCCUCGUCCUGCCCGACGACCCCCUGGCUCCCCUCACCUUCCUCUAA